AUGUAUAUGUAUAGAUAUGUUAAACGCCAUUCUGUUAAUAUGAAAGCGCAUCCGGUUGGAAAAUAUGAUUUAAAUGACCAGUCAAAGUGGCUUUCAAAGACCUGUGACAAAACCUUUGCACCAAGCUUUGAUGAAAAUUUGCAAGUUGUCAAAAAUUACCCGAAAGGUGAUGCUGACCGUUAUCUUUCAAAAAUUGGCGGGAAUAUAACUCAACCAGUCAAAAUGGCGUCAUUUCCGGUGUUUAUUACAGCGAUGGAUUUCCGCUACUACCCGUUUAGUCAGGGGAUGUUUUUUUCCUUACACUCCAUAUUAAAUGCUGAGAAGAAUAAGGGAAAAAGUCGUCUUAUUGUGUAUGAUUUAGGAUUAUCACAACGUCAAUUAAGAGUGCUACGUAAAAAGUGUCAUUGUGAAAUAAGACGGUUUCCAUUUGAAGACUUUCCUCCACAUGUUCGCAAACUGAAAACAUAUGCAUUUAAACCUAUAAUAAUUCAGAUGACCCUUCUGGAGUUUGGUUUUGUUUGGUGGAUUGAUAUUUCAGUGAAAUUGCUGAGGAUUAAUUUAGACAGUGCAAUAAACUAUGCUAGGAAAAAUAGUAUGUUGUUCUUUGUGGAAAGAAAUAAUCCAAAAAAAGUCAGUAUAGCGAAACAAACUGACGUUCGAACGUUUAAUUAUUUAGCAGAAGAUGUAUGUAAAUAUAGACCAUUUGGAGAAGUUUGGGCAACAACGGUUUUGUUUUAUUAUGACCAUGUAACCAAAGUUGUUGUGAAUGCGUGGGCGUCAUGCGCUUUGAAUGAAGCAUGUAUUGCACCGGUUGGGGAGGAUAAACUGAAAUGUGAUUUCCUUGAUCUAAGCGACGGGAGAUGUCAUCGAUUUGACCAAUCAGUACUAGGGAUCAUUGUGCGACGCUUAUAUCAUGAGCAAAAUGAAUAUCCGCUAGAGAAAGAACUGAAUAGUAUUUAUUAUAUUGGAAGGCGAGAAUUUGUAAACUAUUUUGAACAUUGUAGUUUUGAAUUUAUGUGUUACUAAUAAUGAAAUCUAAGAC